ACAAUUCUAAAAUUAUGGGCGAAAGCUAGUUAUUUUAGGUACCCCCUCCACUUUGUAUAUGUUAUUGUAUAUACAAUAAAAUAAAUUUUUACUGUCUCAGUUUCACACUAUGAUACUUAAUGAUUUCGUGCUAGGGUGAAAAAAAAUACACUGAAGAUCUCGGUAGUAUUAUGGAAAUCUCUUAUUAAAGAAACGUUUCUUUUGUUUAAAAUAGAAGUUUCAAAAACUGGUCAAUUUAGAUUUCAGAAUUGCUAACAAAAUAUUACCAGAUCCUUAAUUAAAAUGAGGUUUUCAAUCUCAAUAAAGAAGAGGAAAAAAGUGAUUGUACAUUUUUUACUGGGUAUCAAUGAGAUUGGUUCAGCUGAAAUACAUGUUACAUGCCUUGUGAAGUGUGUUACGAAAUAAGAUAUAACAAUCCCUAAGUUUAUUUAUUUUUUCAAUUUUUAUUUAAUCUUGGAGUUGGGUUUUAUCUUUGGAAUUUUAGAUAUAGUUUUGAGCCUAUGUAUGUUUAUAGUGGAGCAAAACUCAAGGCAUAAUUAACAUGUAAACUAAAAUAAUGUUUAAGUGCAACUUAAGCUAAUAUAACUUGUUCUUCAAAAAAAAAAAAAGUCCUAGUUCACGGAUAUUUGUGAAUUGGGCUACUGAGUUGCAUCCUAAACAUACUUCCAAGUAGGUAUAUAGAGGAUUGUAGUCUAAAACAAAUUAAUUAUUUUUCACUUGGAUGACUAUUGGCCUUAUACUGCAAUCCUUACCUAGCUGUAGAACCUUUACAUUAUGUGGGAUUUCUUUGGAUUAACAUCUAAAAACAGAAUGCAUAACCGCAAAUUAUUUAUAUUUAUAGUUCAAGCAUUCUGUGUUACUAAGUGGAUUUUUUUUUUACAUUCAAUCAUGCUCUAUUCUUGGAGACCACCUAGAUAAGUCCCUGCAGUUUUCUUGGCAAGUUUUUACAGAAAUAGUUUGCCAUGACCUCCUUCUCACGGCUGAAAGAAAAUGAUUGGCCCAAGGUCACCCAGCUGGCUUUGCGUGUAAGGGGUACCUAAAACUAAUUAUUUCCUGCUCUCUAGCAUGAUACCUCAACCAUUACACCAAACUGGGUCUCAAAUUUAAGAAAUUUAUAUUGAAUCACACGGUGACUCAAGGCGGCUUACAGAAUAUAAAACCCCAUAUAAAAACAAUAAAACUAAUAAAAGAAGAGUUCAUAUAAUAAAUUAAUAUACUAAAAAUGGAUUUAAUAAGCCUAUAUUCUGAUCAGCCAUAUUAAAUAAUACUAAUUUGCUUGUUUCCACUGAAACAAAGCCUGUAGCACUCUUUUUGGCUCCAGAGUAGAAAGAUCUAAAACUGACCUAUUUUGUUUUGGAUAUUUUUUAAGAGUGCAUAAAUGUAAAGGGCAUAAUGGCUGCUUUAAGCCUUUUAGAGAUUUAAGAUGCUCUGCUUGUCAACUCUUAUAAUUUUUAGACUCUGGAAUAUGAUUAAAGGUUGCGCUCUGAAAAUUGGAUUGAAAAAAGUUUUAGUGUCAAGUAGCAAUCCUAUUUCGUACUAAAGAACAGAAACAUUGCUAUUCUUUAACACUUAAUGAUUAAUUACUUAACGGUAAUUAUGAAAAAUAGGAUAAAGUUGCUAUAAAUAAAAAGUUAUUAAUAUCACUGUUUUCUUAUAUAAGAUCCCAUCAUUGUUAUCCCUAUUAAAUGUCAUUGGAACAGAAAUGAUUAUUAGAAACAUAAUUUCAAUAUGUAAUCUUUGCAUUUUUUGGAAUAUCUCAAUGGUUUAUCAUAAAUGUUUUAGCAAUAUUUAAACUGGAGAUUGGAUUAUUUGUUGUAUAAAUGCAAAUACAAUCAGUACCAUAAUUAUAGCAUUUGCGACCAUAGUAAAGGAAAUAAAUGCUAAGGUCAGAAAUGUUAUUUUUAUUUUUAAAUUUAAGCUUUUAACAGUCAUCUAGAAAGUUAAAUAUACAACAUAAGAACAACUGUUGAUAAACCAUGAGUAAAAGAAAUUAUAGAAAUUCUUUAUAAUGACACUUUCUCUCCUUCUCUUCAAUUUGUUUUCCCAUCUGCUAACCUAAAUAUUAGUACUUUGCAUUGAACAUUGAACAUUGAAGGUUAUUGUUAGUAUCUAAGUAGUUAUGUUAUGUUAUUUUUGCUUAGUUCAAUAACUUUUCCUAGACAGCAUAGUGUAUUCCAAAUAUUUAAAUUUGCCUUGCUGUGUGAUUUGUAGUGUACAAGAGAACCAUUCCUGGAAAAAACAUUUUUAAAUUUUCGAUUAUGAACUUUUUGCAAAACCAUUCUGUCUUGACCAUCAUAUUUAUAAAUGUGAAUAUAUACCUCGCUUUUCAGCCUAUUCCAUCAGUGAUUACUUACAUCAAUAAAAACACAAAAGUAUUAGACAAACAAUUAGAAUCAGCCAAUGAAAUAUAUUAAAAUCUUAUUCUAGAACAUUCAUGGCUUUUUCAUCUUAAUAUUAGCUUUAAAGCAAAAAGAGAUGAGGAAUGUUUGAGAAUGGCAAACUUCACUUUGACUCUAUCACAGAUUCAAAUGGGAAAACAGUUCAGUUUGAUACUAUUCCGCUGUUUCAUUUUAGCCUGCAAGUUUUGUUUCUUUCGGAAAUUAUCCAUUCAACCAGUUCAACAAAAGAAGAUUCCAAAUAGAUAUCUAGGCCAGCCUAGCCCUUUCACACAUCCGCAUCUUCUUAAGCCAGGAGAGGUAACACCAGGAUUAUCACAAGUGGAAUAUGCUCUCCGUAGACACAAGUUGAUGGCUCAGAUACAGCAAGACGUGCAAGGGACAAAUCACACAGUAAUUCUGCUUUCAAAUCCUACCUAUUACAUGAGCAAUGAUAUUCCAUAUACCUUUCACCAGGACACUAAUUUCCUAUAUUUGUGUGGCUUCAAAGAACCGGAUAGUAUCUUAGUGUUGCAAAGUGUGCCUGGUAGAUCUUUGCCAUAUCACAAAGCUUUACUAUUUGUUCCAAAACGAGAUCCAAGCCGAGAGUUGUGGGAUGGGCCACGAUCUGGCACGGAUGGAGCAAUGGCUCUCACUGGUGUAGAUGAAGCAUAUACCAUGGAAGAGUUUAGACAUCUGGUAUCUAAAUUAAAAGAUGAUUCUAGCACAGUUUGGUAUGAUUUUGCUAAACCUGUGCAUCCACAGCUCCAUUCUGAUUAUCUGCUGCAUCUGGCAGAGGUCAAAGCUAAAUGCAACAACCGUGUUCGAGCCGUCCGGCAUCUAGUGCAAAACCUACGGCUAAUCAAAUCUGCCACAGAGAUUGAGAGGAUGAAAUUUGCUGCCAAAAUCACUUCACAGGCAUUCAUAGAGACUAUGUUUACAAGUAAAGCACCAGUGGAUGAAGCAUUCCUAUAUGCGAAGUUUGAAUUUGAGUGUCGGGCUCGUGGUGCUGAUAUUUUAGCUUAUCCCCCUGUGGUUGCUGGCGGCAACAGGUCCAAUACCUUGCAUUAUGUGAAAAACAAUCAACUUAUCAAGGAUGGAGAAAUGGUUUUGUUGGACGGAGGGUGUGAAUACUCUUGUUAUGUGAGUGACAUUACCCGUACUUGGCCCAUCAAUGGCAGGUUCACUAGUCCCCAGGCAGAGCUGUACCAGGCUAUACUGGAGGUCCAGAAGUCAUGCCUAAGACUUUGUUCUUCAGGUGUGAGCCUAGAAAACAUCUACAAUUUAAUGCUAACUCUCAUUGGACAGAAGCUGAAAGAGUUGGGAAUCCUAAAGGAUAGCACUAGUGAGGGUCAGGUUUUCAAGGCUGUUCGGAAAUACUGUCCACAUCAUGUAGGACAUUAUCUGGGAAUGGAUGUUCAUGAUACACCUGAUGUAUCCCGAUCAACUCUCCUCCAGCCAAGCAUGGUGAUAACCAUUGAGCCAGGCAUUUACAUACCUGAAGAUGAUACCAGUGCCCCUGAACGAUUCCGUGGCAUAGGAAUACGCAUUGAGGAUGAUGUGGUGGUGACAGAGAAUGUACCAUUAAUCUUGUCUGCAGAUUGCCCAAAGGAGAUCUAUGAUAUUGAACAGGUUUGCAGUUGUAGCCUUUGAUUGUUCUUCAGUGCCUUUUUUAUACUUCGGUUGGGUUUAGAUUGGAAAAUAUACACUCAUAUAUAACAGUUUUCAUGUCUUACAGGACUGUUUAACUAGGUAGAAUCACUACUAGAAAAAUAUUACUGGCAAGGAACUGUGUGUAAAUAUUUUGCAAGGCACAAUUACACUAUUUAAAUGGGACAAUGUACAUUACUGUUCAACAUGUAUUUUAAAGUUAUGCCAAUACUAAAACAAAGCUGAUGAAACAGAAUUCUGCAUCCCAACAUUUGUUCUAUUUCUUUCUGUGCUUAUACUGUGAUGACGUUAUUUACAGAGAUGUACAGAGAAUAUCAGCUGUACUGACAUUUCUCAGACUGCAUAUGUGUGGCCAUAACAAUUAAUUUUUUAGUUUUAGUGUUUUAGUUGUAAGAACUGAAAAGAAAAAAAAGGAAUAUUUUUCUGGAUACAGUAAUUUCCAGUCUAUAAAAGAAAAGCAAAAAAAAAAGAAGAAGAAGAAGAAUGGCAAUCUUGAAAUUAGAGGAGUUUUUCCCCUUUUCAGAAGAUACAAGAAGGGCUGCCGUGUUGGGAAAUCCAUUAAUGUGAAAAUGAGGGUAUUACAUAUAAAGGACAGCUAAAGACAAAUCCCUGUGCAGAAUUAGAUGUGGCAAAGCUAUUGAUCACAAUGUGUUUAAGCAUACCCAGUCCUGCAUAUAUUGAUGACUUGGCUUUAGUGAUUAAAAAUGUCAGUUUUCAGUGAAAAUAAUAUGAGCUCAUUUGAUAAACUCACAGUGAAUCACACUAGAUUCAAGAUGCUUAUCAAUGAAGUUGUGAUUACUGUAUUUUUCUUUAUGUAUUUAGCCUCUCAUAGGAAAUGUGAACACAGAAGCACUUUGGGAUCCAACUAUGAAAAGUACUGCAUUUAUAUUAAAUUGCCCUUUUCCUUGACUAAAUACAUAGAAAUAGUAACCCCAAAAGUGAUAACACUCCAAUUCUUUAUAUUGUGGUAAAAUCUAGCAAUUGAUAUAAGACUAUUUCUGAAGUGAUAUAAAGCAUCAGGAUUUUUUAAAUUUGAAAUUCUUACAGAAUACUCUAUUUUAAGGUUGAGGUAAUACCACAUAUUAUCAGAAGAUCAAAACAAAAGUUAAAUUGAGAAAUCAACAACUUUCUAACAGGUAGAAACAUAAAAAUAAGUACACUAAUUAAGUUCAAAAAUAUGAUUAAAGCUUGGUACUAUUCUAGUUGGGUCAAAUUGUUUUCCAAGAAAUUUUUAUAAAAGAUGAAAUGUUACAUAAUUAUCUGGUGACUAUUUUUUGUGAAGUGCUCUUUGCAUUUUUGAAAGAAAGAUGCUAUCCGUGUACAAUGUAAUUAUUACAGAUGUGUAAUAUACAAAAGUGUUUUAUUCUAAAAAGAAAAAAAUCUGUAUUGUGAAAAUAAGGUAUAAUUUCAACAAUUAUAUUUAAAACUCGGCUUACAGAAACUCCCCCCCCCUUGUCAGUUAACCUAUUUUCUUCAAUAUCCUAAAAUGAGACGUUUCUAGCCCUUUAUCAGUGAUAGCCACUGAAGAUACGAAUCUGUUUUUAGCAUAUAUUAAAUAACCCAUGACUUAUUGGA